CAAUAAUAUAUCCCAUACACCUCUGCAUCAUCAAUAAUUCCCUCAAGAUCGGUUUACUUGACUCACCACCCACAACCCACAAAUGGCUGAAAUAGUUCUCUACGACACUGCUGGGAGCAUCAUUAGGAGUUUGAGCUCUCUUGCUCUCCAAGAGAUUGGAGUGUUAUGGGGUUUCAAAAAUGAGCUUCGAAAGCUCGGGGACACCGUUUCCACCAUCCAAGCUGUGCUUUUGGACUCGGAGGAGAAGCAGGCCCAUAACCAUGCGAUCAAAGAUUGGCUUCGAAAGCUCAAGGAUGCCAUGUACGACGCCGACGACUUGCUGGAUGACUACUCCACUCAACUUCUACGCCGACAACUGAUGACACGGGAUAAGAAGAUGGCAAAACAAGUACGCAUCUUCUUUUCCAAAUCGAACCAGCUUGGAUAUGGCUUUAAAAUGGGUCAUAAGAUCAAGGCAAUUAGGGCGAGACUAGAUGAAAUUGCAACUGAUAGGAUCAAAUUUGGCUUCAAUGAGCACACCACAGCGACACAGUUUGAGCAUAUGAAAAGACAAGAUACACACUCAUUUGUACAUGGGGAAGAUGUCAUUGGGAGAGAGGAUGAUAAGGAGUAUGUUAAAAAGCUAUUAUUCGAUCCCAAUAUGAAUGAGAAGAAUGUUUCCAUAAUUCCCAUAGUUGCGAUUGGUGGACAAGGAAAGACCACACUUGCCCAGUAUGUGUACAAUGACGAGGAGGUUCGAAGACAUUUUGACCUAAGGAUGUGGGCAUGUGUCUCUGAUCCUUUUGACGUGAAAGCUAUCAUUGUAAAGCUCAUAGAAUCUGCGACUAAGGAGAGACCUAAAAGCCUUGAGAUGGAUCCAUUGCAAAGUGAGCUUCGAGCGAAAAUUGAUGGGAAGCGAUAUUUACUUGUUUUAGAUGAUGUGUGGAAUGAGAAUCGUCUAACAUGGUCCAACUUGGAAAAGUUGUUAGUGGGUGGCCUAAGAGGAAGCAAAGUUUUGAUUACUACACGUAGCGAAAAGGUUGCAGAGAUUACAGGUCUGUCAGCUUGAGCAGCAACUGUUUGAUCAUGUUUUCCCAUCUUCUUCAGAGGAUGUUUCAAGUUUGGCUCCAUUGAUUAGUCCUCUGUUUAUU